UCUCCUGCUGCCACACAAGGCCAGAGUGUGUGUUGCUGUGUAGGGGUAUAGGAGGUGCAUGUGCGCAGUGUACAGUUGGUCUACUAGAAUAUGUGUGACAUGAUUUAAUGCACACACAUACACAAAGUUGAUCAUGAAAGUUUUCCGUUCAUUAAUCGAAAGCUGCCAAACUCCAAAAGGUCAGGACGCUGAAACAUGGAGGUCACAGAAGUUGAUCAGUCAGGCAGCGGCAACGCCACGCAAGUGGAAUACAGUGACAUUGAGGUGGUAUUGCUGGGAGCUGCCACAGCCAUUCUGGUCGCAGCCAUAGUUUUCGGCAACAUGCUGGUGAUCGGCGCCAUCUUGCGCUUCCGGCGUCUGCAGACAGUGACCAAUCUGCUGAUCGCGUCACUGUCGGCAGCCGACCUGAUUGUGGGCGCUGCUGUUGUGCCGUUGGGGUACGUCUACAUCCUAUCGGGCUCGUGGCAGUUUGGCGACUUCCUGUGCGAAUUCUGGACAGCCAUGGAUGUUUUAUGCGUCACGGCCAGCAUCGAAACGCUGUGCGUCAUUGCGCUGGACCGGUACCUCGCCAUCACCUCGCCGUUGAGAUACACAACGCUGCUUACCAGGGGUCGCGCCCUGGCGGCCAUUGUCGGCGUGUGGGCGGUGGCCUCACUGAUCUCCUUCCCGCCCAUCCAUUUGAAGCUCUGGGUGUCCAUGGACCAGGAGGCUCGUCGCUGCCUGGCCGACGAGCGCUGCUGUGACUUCAACACCAAUGCGGCGUACGCGGUCUCAUCCUCAGUGGUCUCCUUCUACAUCCCUCUGGUCGUCAUGGCCUUCCUCUACGCACGUGUCUAUCGAGAGGCGCAACGGCAGCUGCGCAAGAUCCGUAAGGACGAGCGGCGCCUGCAGUACCUGCGGUCCAAGGACGACGGUGGAGGUGAUGGCAGGGAGGACCCAGAAGUGUCAGAGGCAGAGAAGGACGACAAACACAGCUUUAAACUAUCCGUUAAGGAACAUAAAGCAGUCAGGACACUGGGGAUCAUCAUGGGGACCUUCACACUCUGCUGGCUUCCCUUCUUCAUCCUCAACAUCCUGAUGGCCUUUAUGCAUCUGGGGGAUAUUAAACUGCUCUUCCGCAUGCUCAACUGGUUGGGAUAUUCAAACUCUGCCUUCAAUCCGCUCAUCUACUGCCACAGUCCUGACUUCAGGAAUGCCUUCCAGCGAAUCCUGUGCUUCCGCAAAGCCCGCCGGAGGGGAAGAAGCUUUUGCACAGAGGGAGUGGCGGAAGUGACGACCACUCCUUAGGGAAGGGUACAAGCUAAUAGCCCAGUUAGUGACAUCUGCGACCAGUCAUAGCUGGCCUGACCUCAAAUGUUCAUUUCAACUCUUUAUUUCAUGGUACACAACAGUUGUGUUGUUUGUUUCCAAACCAACACAGCAUUUUGCUUGUUGCUUUAGUAGCUUUAGUGCAAGCAGCUACUUCUGGGUACCUACAUAGCUUUUACAAUGCCAUCAAGUGCUUCAAUAAAAAUUAAAUCAGACGGUAUAACUAGUCACAAAGGCAGUUUUCUUUGGCCUUCUUUCAACACACGACCUGUUCUUCAAGCAGUUUUGGCACAUCUGGUUAUUCUCAGGAGAAAAGCAGUUACUUUCUGUGUUUCCACCUACACAGGUAGAAAAAUAUAUGCAAGUCACAGAUGUGUGCUACACUUUGGUCCACUUCUACUAGAGUACCAAAUGUCGUGAUUGGGUAUGUACUGUACAUAAAGAGGUCUUUUUGGUGUAAUAAAGAA